UUCGGCGCAUGCGCAGUCUUUUCCCGAGCGGCUGCAACAGUGGACAGCGGUAAGCGGCGAUGUCGCUGAUUUAACCAAAUUUACCCACGAAUUAAACAAGUGAAGUGGAGAAUUUUUCAUCCAAGUGAGUCAUGGCCCAGUUCGGGGGACAAAAGAAUCCACCGUGGGCGACUCAGUUUGCCGCCACAGCAGUGUCCCAACCGGGCCACACAAGCCAGUCUCUUGACAUCAACUUACACUCUCUUAAUGUACAGCAGCCAUCCCUACUGGGAGCUUCUCCGGCUGUUUACACUCAGCAGUCAGCUUUGGCGGCGGCCUCUCUCACAAGCCAGUCCAAUUAUCAGCUGUCUCAGCACACUGUCGCCUUGCAGCAACAAGCAGCAGCAGCGGCUGCCGCAGCGGCACUGCAGCAGUCUCAGAUCAAUACAGCCCUCCAACAAUAUCAGCAGCAGCAGCAACAACAACAACAACAACAGCAGCAGCAGCAGCAGCAGCAGCAGCAACAACAACAACAACAACAGCAGCAGCAGCAACAACAACAGCAGCAGCCUCCUCCUCAACAACCACCCCAGCAGCCCCUUUACAGUGUUCCUCAUCAGCUUCCACAACCUCAACCGUCCCUUUUAUCGCAGCCUCCAGUGGGUUUACCCACAAGCCUGAGCCUGUCCAAUGCCCAGCAGACAGCCCAGAUCACAGUGUCCUACCCAACGACGCGCACAAAUCAACAGCAGCAGCCACAGAAGCAGCGGGUCUUCACUGGCGUGGUCAACAAGUUGCACGACACCUUCGGCUUUGUUGAUGAAGAUGUCUUCUUUCAGCUCAGUGCUGUGAAAGGCAAGACACCACAAGUUGGUGAUCGGGUGUUGGUGGAGGCUGUGUACAACCACAACUUGCCCUUCAAGUGGAACGCCCAACGCAUCCAGACCUUACCUCAGCUGACGAACCAGCAUCAGCAGCCGCCUCAGCCAUUACCUCAACAUUCCCCGCAGUUGGGCAGCCUUUUCAAUGAGCCAGGGAUGCCGCUGCGCUACCCUGACAUGCACUGCACAACGGACAACAGACAUAAUAGCCAUCCUCCUGUUCCUAACAUGAUGAAAACUGCUCCCCCCUUACUUCAAUCACUACCUCCACCGACCACGUACAGUGUUCCACCACCGGCUCCUCCUCCUCCUUCCUUACUGCAGGCGCAGCUGUCUGCUGCCUCAUUAGGUCCUCUUCUCCAAAACCCUCCUCAGGCUUUGCUGCCUCAGCCCCCUCCCAAAGAUGUGUUUACCGGGGGUCUACUUCAACCCCCAAUGAGAAUCAUGCCACAACCACAGCCUGUCCGACGGAUCGAGCCCCCUCCACGUUUCCCAAGUCGCAAUGAUCGACCCCCUGAGCUCAUCCUCAGGAGUAAAGAAGAGCGCAGGUCAGAUGACAGACUAUUAAAUAGUAUUUUCUGGCUUCCCGGGUCAUUUUCUUACACAUGGCUUCCUCUAAAAAUCUUUAGCCGCGACAGAGAACGCGAGCGAAGGCGGUCAAGAGAACGCUCACCGAUGCGCAAACGCUCCAGAGAGCGUUCCCCAAGACGAGAUCGCUCCCCACGAAGGCUCCGCAGGGUGGUUCCUCGCUACACGGUCCAGUUUUCAAAGUUCAGUUUAGACAUUUCAAGCUGUGACGUGAUGGAGUUGAGGAGGCGCUAUCAGUGUCUGUAUAUUCCCAGCGACUUCUUUAGUGCCGCCUUCACCUGGGUAGACGCCUUCCCUAUGAUGCGACCCUUUCAGUUCAGCAACGCAUGCAACUUCCAUAUCUUGCACAAGGAGGUGGAUCCUCUUGUCAAAAAUAUAACUGUGCUGGAACCGCCUGAUGCCAACCACACUUAUAGUGCUAAGGUGAUGCUGCUGGCUAACCCAAGCUUAGAGGAGCUCUAUCACAAGUCAUGUGCACUAGCAGAAGAUUCCCAGGAAGUCAAAGACUCCUUCCAGCAUCCUGCAAGACUCAUCAAGUUUUUGGUGGGAAUGAGAGGCAAAGAUGAGGCCAUGGCGAUAGGUGGUCACUGGUCUCCCUCUCUGGACGGAGCUGAGCCAGCGAAGGAUCCAUCAGUCCUCAUAAAGACAGCCAUUCGCUGUUGCAAGGCACUCACGGGCAUAGAUCUUAGUCUGUGCACUCAGUGGUAUCGUUUUGCAGAGAUUCGCUAUCUUCGGCCGGAGGAGACCCACAAGGGGCGGACAGUCCCCGCUCAUGUGGAGACAGUGGUUUUGUUUCUUCCGGAUGUUUGGCAUUGUCUUCCUACCCGCUCAGAGUGGGAGGUGCUGUCACGGCGACUCCGGGAGCAGCUGGCUGAGAAGCUGUCGGCCGAGCGAAAGGAGGCGGAUGGAGAACAGGAGGAAGAGGAGAAAGAUGAUGGCGAAUCGAAGGACGUCAGCAACCCCACUCACUGGGCCAAACUUGAUCCGAAAUCAAUGAAGGUAAACGACCUUCGUAAGGAGCUCGACUGCCGCUCUCUGAGCUCCAAGGGCUUAAAGUCGCAGUUGAUUGCCCGACUUACCAAGCAGCUGAAGGUGGAGGAGCAGGUGGAAGAGUUCAAGGAGCCUGAGAAACCAGAAGUCAAACCUCCCGAGGAAGAAGAGCCCAGUCGCACUGAGGACCGAGAGGAGGAGGAAAAGAAGAAGCAAGAAGAGCUGGAGCGCCAACGCAGAGAAAGACACUACAUCCUCCCCGACGAGCCCACCAUCCUUGUUCACCCCAACUGGUCUGCAAAGAAUGGCAAGUUUGACUGCAGCGUGAUGUCCCUCAGCGUGCUUCUGGACUACAGACUGGAGGACAACAAGGAGACUUCCUUUGAGGUCUCUCUCUUCGCUGAGCUAUUCAACGAGAUGUUACAGAGAGAUUUUGGCUACCGCAUCUACAAAGCCAUCGCUGCUAUCCCUGUCAAGGAUGAAAAGAAGAAGGCCAAAAAAGAGGCUGAGAAGAAAGAGGUGGACAAGAAGGACAUAAAGAAGGAGAAAGAGGACAGCGAAGAGCCAGCAGCAAAGAAAUGUAGAGAGGAUGAGGAGGGGGAGAGGAAAAAGUGCGAUGACAAGAUGGAGAAAAAGGAGUCACGUGAAGAAGAAGAGAACGAAGAUGACGGCAGCACAGCUAACGCCGACGAGUAUGACCCCAUGGAGGCUGAAGACGCAGAUGACGACGACGACGAUGAAAAGGAUGAUGACACUUCAAACGACAAAAGAGAUCACAAAGACGCUCGGAGGUUGCCAAAAGAAAAGAGUUUAAAAGAGAAGGACAAGAAGCAGAUGAUGACGCACAACAGGGAGCUGCUGAUGGCGUUUGUUUACUUUGACCAAAGUCACUGGGGCUGCCUGUUGGAGAAAGACUUGGAGGACAUCUUGUACACGCUAGGACUGCACAUGUCACGUGCUCAGAUUAAGAAGCUGAUGAACAAGCCGCAAGUGAGAGAGUCGUGUUAUUACCGCAAACUGACCGACCGAGGAAAGGAUGAGGCUGCCUUUCUCUUCAAUGAAGCACAGAUGGAAAACUCCUCAGGCAACAGAGAGCUACUUCCCGCUCCAAAGAAGAGCGAGCCGUCAGAACCCAACCAGUCUGGUGAUCUGAUCGUGUACAACGGUGCCAUGGUGGACGUUGGCAGCAUGAUGCAGAAACUGGAGAAAAGCGUGAAAGCGCGAGAGGAGAUUGAACAGAAGCUGAUGGUACAGGACACCAAGAUGGAUGAGGAGACAAAGGUUAAAGCGCACCUGGAGCAAGAAAACAAAUCCCUGUCCAAGGAGCUGGAGGAAGUGAAAACCAGGCUAAUGCAAACGGAGAAGCUGCUGAAAAAUGCGGAGGAGCAGAAGACCAUCUACUGGGAGCAGUUUGCCAAGACGUGCAAGACUCUGACAGACACGAUCACAGGACUGACGGCGGUGAUGGGAAAGGAUGAUGCUGGGAAUGACUGUGAUGAAGCAACCAGAGAGAAAACACCUCAAGUGAACGGUGCUGAAGAACCAACAACCUCUUAAAACUUGUCUUCACAUGUAAAUAUCCACUAAAGCUACUUUAAUUCACAGCUUUAUUUGUGUACAUAAUGGUUGGAUUGAUGGUAUUUUCUAUUAAUGUAUUUUAUAUAUAGAAUUAAGUCAUUUCAGCUCUCUAACUUUGUUUUGCCAUCAUUUUUUUGGUUGCCAGAAUGUGAUAGUGAAGAGAUAUAGUUUUUAAUAAUUAUUUUAUUUAUGUGCGAGAGGAUUCCCUUAAACUAUUUAAAUGAUAACUUUGGAUGGAUGAUCCACUGAGUUUUGUGCAGAUUUUCUCUGUAAAUAAUUAGAAUCCAUCCACCGUUUACUGUGUAGAAUAAAAACUAGUUUCAUCCUUA